UACGUGCGUGCCGCGCGGUGCAGCCCCUUCUGCCCUCCCCCAAAACUGAAAAAAACAAAAAACCAAAAAUAUAUUUUCAGUUUGUUCGCCGCCGCCACCACCGCUUCCGCUCGGAUCUCCGGCGGAGCUACUAUCCCUACUCUAUUUACACGGAAGAAGCAAAGCAAAGCAAAAUCAGAAAAAAAAGAACUAUUCCAAAAAAUAUUUCCCAAGGCGAUUAGGGUUUAGUUUAUCAGAGUUUUUUUCGUGUAUCUAUCACUAUCUAUUUCUGAGGCGGCGAUGGCGCAGAUUCAGGUGCAGCAUCAGAGUCCCGUUUCGACUCCUCCCAACGGCGUGGCUCCCGCCGCGCCGAACGCGAACCAGUUUGUUACGACGUCGUUGUACGUCGGCGAUCUCGACUUCAAUGUCAACGACUCGCAGCUCUACGAUCUGUUCAACCAGGUCGGCCAAGUCGUUUCGGUGCGCGUCUGCAGGGACUUGACGACGCGUCGUUCACUCGGUUACGGCUAUGUUAAUUACAGUAACCCUCAGGAUGCGGCGAGGGCAUUGGAUGUGCUGAAUUUUACUCCACUGAACAACAAACAUAUUAGGAUCAUGUAUUCUCAUCGGGAUCCUAGUAUUCGGAAGAGUGGUACUGCGAAUAUUUUUAUCAAGAAUUUGGAUAAGGCUAUUGACCACAAGGCCUUACAUGAUACUUUUUCUUCUUUUGGACACAUUCUUUCUUGCAAAAUAGCAACUGAUGGUUCUGGCCUGUCUAAAGGCUAUGGUUUUGUUCAAUUUGACAACGAAGAGUCUGCACAGAAUGCUAUUGACAAGUUGAAUGGCAUGCUGAUCAAUGAUAAGCAGGUUUAUGUAGGUCAUUUCCUGCGAAAGCAAGAUAGAGAGAAUGCUCUCAGUAAGACAAAAUUCAAUAAUGUCUAUGUGAAAAACCUAUCAGAUUCAACCAUGGAUGAAGAGUUGAGGAAAAUUUUCGGAGAAUAUGGAACCAUUACUAGUGCUGUAGUAAUGAGAGAUGGAGAAGGUAAAUCAAAGUGUUUUGGCUUUGUCAAUUUUGAAAACCCUGACGAUGCUGCAAAAGCUGUUGAGGAACUUAAUGGGAAGAAAUUUGACGACAAGGAGUGGUAUGUUGGAAAAGCCCAGAAAAAAUCUGAGCGAGAACUUGAAUUGAAAGGACGAUUUGAGCAGACUAUAAAGGAAUCUGCUGACAAAUAUCAAGGUGUGAACUUGUAUCUGAAGAACUUGGAUGAUACCAUCAGUGAUGAAAAACUUAAAGAAAUGUUCUUCGAGUUUGGAACAAUAACUUCAUGCAAGGUCAUGCGAGACCCGAAUGGAAUUAGUAGAGGUUCAGGAUUUGUUGCAUUUUCAACUCCUGAGGAAGCAUCUCGAGCUCUUGGGGAGAUGAAUGGUAAAAUGAUUUCUGGAAAACCUCUGUACGUUGCCCUGGCACAGAGAAAAGAAGAGAGAAGAGCAAGGUUACAGGCACAAUUUUCUCAAAUGAGGCCUGUUGCAAUUACACCUUCUGUUGCACCCCGCAUGCCUCUCUACCCACCUGGUGCUCCUGGUCUUGGCCAACAGUUUUUGUAUGGGCAAGGACCCCCUGCUAUGAUGCCUCCACAAGCUGGAUUUGGUUACCAGCAGCAACUAGUUCCUGGAAUGAGACCUGGUGGUGCUCCCAUUCCAAGCUUCUUUGUUCCUAUGGUUCAGCAGGGCCAACAAGGGCAGCGCCCAGGGGGACGCCGAGGAGCGGGUCCUGUACAACAACCCCAGCAGCCAGUGCCUAUGAUGCAGCAGCAGAUGCUUCCAAGGGGACGUGUCUACCGUUACCCACCUGGCCGCAACAUGCAAGAUGUCCCUCUUCCAGUAGCUGCUGGUGGAAUGCUGUCUGUCCCAUAUGACAUGGGUGGUAUGCCAAUGCGUGAUACUGUGGGACAGCCAAUGCCCAUUCAAGCUUUGGCUACAGCUCUCGCUAAUGCCCCACCUGAACAGCAGAGGACUAUGCUUGGCGAAGCGUUAUACCCGCUUGUGGAUCAGCUGGAACAUGAUGCAGCAGCAAAGGUUACAGGCAUGCUUUUGGAGAUGGACCAGCCUGAGGUAUUGCAUCUAAUUGAGUCACCAGAUGCUCUGAAGGCAAAAGUAGCUGAAGCCAUGGAUGUUUUGAGGAAUGUUGCUCAGCAGCAAGCCAGCAGUCCAGCUGAUCAACUAGCUUCACUCUCUCUCAAUGACAAUCUUGUCUCUUAGAUUCCGUUGACAGGAAUCUGAAACUGCACUCUAGUUUUUUCUAUUUCGUAUGCUUCCCUCACUUUAUUUGCUGUUUUAGUCCGUACUAAGGAAGUCCUUGGUACUUCGCUUUCACAUUCUUUUUAUAUUUCGUUUCUGGAUUGCAGUAGUUUUAGCACAGCUUGUUGGAUUUAUUAGUUUAUGGAUUUAUGGUUUGCUUUAUUUUUGUCCUCUGUUCCUACUUGAUAGUUUUCGUUGAUUCUGUC